UGCAGAUGCGGACAGUAACCAACCUCUCAGAAACAUGAACCCCGACUGGAGUGAACAAGACUGCCGCAGGAACGGGAUCCAGGGAUUAUUCAUCAGAGUUAAAGAUAAUACAGAGAGACAGGCUUUCAUUGAAGCAGAUGAGGGGCCAAUGGUAGAAUCAGUUCACACACAAGAGGGGAUCUUUGAUCAUGAACAGAGUGCAAGUGUAAUGCAGGUUACACAGCAGAUGUCUUUGCAAGGUAAAGAAGCCUCAAGCAAUGAGUCUGUCCACAUUAAAGAGGAGGCCGCUGAGCUGCAGCCUGUCUGCAUUACAGGGAAAGUUUCUAAAAAAAAUAAAGUCAAUCUACUGGAGGAGAAUAUAGUUAUGCUGGGAUCUAGUGAUUUUGAUGAUUGUCCUCCUGAACUGGUCCACAUGAAACCCAGUCAGCGUGUCUCUGAAGACACUUGUUCUAGUGUUGGAGAAGAGGGCACUGUGCUGGGGUCCAUUCAGAGGAAACAUCUCACCCCUCAGGAAAGAGCUGCAGGUGGAAAGGAGGAAGGAGCAUCGCCAUCCACUAGCAGCGCAGCGUAUAUAAGAAGACACAACUCCACUGCAGCACCCCAGUGCAAAAUCUCUUCUGAUGGCAAAUUGCAUCGUAAGGAACACAGAGAGUCGUCACCCCAAGAUGAAUAUGUGAAGAAACUGGGAACUCGCUCAGUUCAAAAUCUUUCUGUACAAGAUAGCAGACCACUUACUCUGGGUUAUAUAGUGACUCCACAACCUGAGGGUGUUUACAGUUCUGCAACCCAGGGCAACUUCAUUCCCCUACAAACUCCCCCGCAGAUUCCUUCAGAGCAGAUCUUGUAUCACUGUACUGAAUGUGGCUCCAACUUCAGUGACCUGGGAAACCUGAAAGCACACCAACAGAUUCACAAAGAAGAGAAACCCCAUCACUGUACUGAAUGUGGAAAAAGCUUCAGAUGGGUAGGUGGGCUUAUAACCCACCAGCGUAUUCACACAGGAGAGAAGCCCUAUCUGUGUACUGAGUGUGGGAAGAGAUUCAGAGAUUCAGUAAAAUUAAAAGUACACCAGCGAAUUCACACUGGAGAGAAGCCUUAUGAAUGUCCUGUAUGUGGGAAGGGUUUUAGUCGGAGAGACAACCUUAGAAUACACCACAGAAUCCACACAGGAGAGAAACCUUUUGAGUGUACUGAGUGCGGGAAGAGAUUUGUAGAGUCAAAUAUGCUAAAGAGACACCGGCGAGUUCACAGAGAUUUAAUCAGUUAGGACACUUAAACAAAAAUAGUUUACAGAAUGAAAGCACCUCACUCGCACCAGAAUACCAGAACAGACCCACUUUUCUUUCUGUCAGUUUCAACUGCAGGUAGCUGUUAAAAUAAAUGUAAUUACAGUAAGAUUCAUGUAAAAGUAAGAACAAUUCAUAGCCUGCAAUGUAUGCAAAUAAUUAUAGCUCUGUGAUCUACAGCGCCUAUAUAAUGUGAGAGUUGUGUGUGAAUGUACUGCAACACAUGGAAAAGCAGCAGGACGACGGUUACUAUUCAAGGAGCAGGUGUCCUUGUAACUGGCUUAUUCCUCAGUGCAGUGGCUGCAUUGACCGGCGUGCCUAGCAGGACAGUCCUGGGAGUUUCUGGAUUAGCAACAUUCAGAUAGCACAUCAGCAGGAAGCUAGAACUGCAGCAUAGAGAUGGGUGCCAUGAAUUGUGAUAAGAAACAGAAGUGAUUCAAAUUUCAUGAGCUGCAACAACGAACAGUUUGGUUAUUGAGAUCACAAUAACAUCACAAUGAAAGAUAACCAAUAGCUACACUUUCCUUGUUUUACACUGAUGACAUUGUAUUUUCUUGCAGUGCAUGGUUAAGCUCUUUUCACACUGGCAUGCUCUGCCUGGGUCGUGACCCGGUGUCAUGCAGCACUAAAUUAACUAAAACUAAGAAUAGGCAUUAGGAACUAUAUAUUUCACCAGUCGUGAAAUACCAUCCCACCCAUAACUCAGGCGCAUCCAGGUUAGGCUUUUAUCAUAGAUACUGAUGUGUGAUGAGCAACAGAGUAACAUUCAAUGAUGAUGGGAGCAGUGGGAAGAAAGUCAUUUUAAAACCUUAGCAACAACAUCUUUAACAAGGAGAAGUUCCACUAAAUGGGAGCAGUGAAAAUCCAUUUCCAAGCACACUGUCGCUGCUCCUCUGAUCAUCUGCUGUUGGCUGUUGUUAAUAUGUUUUAUUAAGGGUGGUUUUUAAAUAUAUUUUACUUCAUUAGCUUCAGUAACAUUUCCAUUUGCACUUCUCUCCAGCAACAAAGAUACAGGAGAGAUGCCUGUAUGUUUGUAUUAACUGCAGGAUAUCUUGAGAAUCUCUCAUUCAGUUAUGAUGAAGCUUGGUACAACUUAACACAAGGCUUCUCAAACUCGGUCCUGGGGACCCCCUGUGUCUGCUGGUUUUCAUCCCAACCACGCUCUCAGUUA